AUGGCAGCAAUUGCUGCAAAAACGAGACUAGGAUGGACUAUAUAUGGCGGAUUGGGACGAUCUGGUGGAGGAAUCAACCUGCAUCGGUGUCAAUGGGAUCUGGAUUUGCAUGAGAUGGUUAAAAAACAUUUGCUAACGGAGGAAAAAUCACCGCCGAUGUUUACCAAGUUCCCUGAUGAAGAGCGAUCUCUACAGAUUCUGGAGGACACUGUUAGUUACAGCUCGCGGAUGUACACCACGGGAUUGCUUUGGAAAGAUGGUCCCCGUGUAUUUCCAAAUAGCCUGCCGGUAGCAAAACGACGACUCUUAUGCAUGCAAAAGAAAAUGGCAGCAGACCCUCCUUUUGCAAGUGAGCUACAUAGUCAAAUACAAAACUUGAUAGCUAAAGGAUAUGCCAGAAAGUUGACAGAGGAAGAAGUCCUGGAGAAACCCGAAAAUGCAUGGUACUUGCCCAUUUUUACUGUACGAAAUCCACAUAAACCUGACAGGAUCAGAUUGGUGUGGGACGCGGCAGCUCAAUCAUCAGGAGUAGCCCUAAAUGAUUUUCUUCUGAAGGGACCCGAUUUACUCGUGCCCUUGCUGCAGAUUAUGUAUAACUUUAGAAUGAGAGCAAUUGGCGUGAGCGGUGACAUCGCCGAAAUGUUCCAUCGAAUAGCAGUAAAAGAAGACGCUAAAGCACAACGAUUCCUAUGGCAAAAUCAGACAACAGGCGUCAUAGAAACUUUCCAAUUAAAUGUGUUGACAUUUGGAGCCACGUGCUCCCCCUGUAUAGCGCACUAUGUGCGCGACCUGAACGCUAAAAAACACGCAGACGAGUUUCCUUCGGCAGCUAAAGCUAUUCGGAGAAGUCACUACAUAGACGACUACAUCGAUUCAUGCCAUUCAGAAGAAGAAGCCAUUACAUUAGCGAAAGAAGUUAGAGAAGUCCAUGCACGCGGAGGUUUCCAUAUGCGCAAGUGGUGUUCGAAUUCCAAACGGGUACUCGCUGCGCUUCGCGACACAACAACCUACGAAGAAAAACAGUUCUUUAACAGUGAAGAGAUACACUCUUAUGAGAAAAUAUUGGGCAUGCGGUGGAGCCCACGUCAAGAUGCCUUCACCUAUGCACUAAAAGACAAACUUCAACUGGAUGAUGCGAAAAUGCAUCGAGAAUUGUCGCAGCAGGAAAUAUCGUGGUACUUCAACCCAACGUCAGCUCCUCACAUGGGAGGAGCCUGGGAGCGCUUGGUGCGUUUCGUCAAAACCGUGUUAUACCGUAUAACACCAAAUCAAAAAUUUUCAGAUGAAAGUCUUCUUACCGCCAAUGCAGAGGUGUAA